AUCUUGUUCAUCAACCAACACAUACGCGUCCCUACGGAGGACGCGUAAUCAUUCCUAUAAUAACCCCUCAGCUAGUCCGACACCCAUUCUUUCUCUAAUUUUUUGAAUCCAUCAUGACCGACUCAUCUCGAGCUACGCCUGUUCCCGAAAGAGACCAACAACUUCUAGCCAUCGGCAAGCAGUGCUCUCAUGCCUCCUGCAACCUUGUCGAUUUCUUGCCGUUCAAGUGCCAGCAUUGUCAACAAUCUUUUUGUCAAGAGCAUUUCAAGGUGGAAACACAUUCUUGUCCGAAUUACGAUGCCAGCAAGCACGACAGAAUAGCUCCUAGCUGUCCUUUUUGCAAUACCCCCGUAGCUAUUCCACCGGGACAAGACCCCAAUAUUCGUAUGGAAAACCAUUUUGUUAAAGAAUGCUCGGUUAUGCUCGGGAGGGAAGUGAAGAAAGCAACUCCUACUUGUGCGAGAUCGAGGUGCGGCAAGGUCCUUUAUGCACCAAUUCGUUGUGAUAAAUGUGGCAAGCAGUUCUGUCCAGCUCACAGGUUCCCUGGCGACCACACUUGUUCCCCGGUGUCUCGUGCUCAGAUGACAAGGCCCGGUGCACCUACUGUGAAUAGCCGUCUUCUAAACCUCAAUGCAAAGAUCAACGAGAAGGCUUCCACAGCUGGCAAUGCCACCGUCGGUGCGAUCAAGAAGACGAUGAACUCAUCGUCUUCAAGCCAACCUGCCGCAACCACGGCAAAUUCGUCCACACCGACCUCUGGAUCCUCCCACAAGAACCCGUUUUCAAAAGCAGAUAGUCCCAUUUCUGUCGCCCCUUCACUUUUGCUCCAACCACUUUCUGACGGUACGAACCGUGAUGCUACCUUGGACACGCCGAAAUCAACCAUCACGACUUCCAUUAAAUCGAAACCUGUCAUUCGGACUUCCUAUAUUCCACCCCCUAUCUUCGCCACUGCCUAAUUAUUUUACCUGCAAUAAUUGCCGUUGAAUCACUGUAUCUAUAUCUAUUGUAUUUUGUUUUCUUGAUAAUCGUCAGACGAGCCAGAGCAGAGAAGGAGAGCCGGAAGAAAGCACUGCAAGAGAGGGCAAAGAAAGGGCUUCUCAGUGAGCAAGAAAAAGCUCAGCUGGCUAUUGCGGAGGCCGAGGAUAACGAGGACAAGAAGGAUUGUAUAAUCAUGUAGUUGGUUCCAUUCCUCACUGCCUCGCGGACUACGGCGUUUCUUCCAUCAUGUUGACUCUUAAUUUCACUGCAAUCUCUUCAUAUCUGAUAUUAUAACUACAUAAUGAUUAUUAUUCAAGUAUUGAGAAGAGU